GGGAGCUGAGGGAGUGGCACCGAGGCGGCCUCAGCGCUGCGGGCCGUACAUCGUUCCGGUGCGGCUGAACGGCAAGUUGCUGGAGAUGGAGCUCGACACGGGAGCUGCCGUCUCCGUCUGCUCGGAGCGCGCGUUCAAGAGGCUCUGGCCGACCGGCGGUCCGCCCAUGGAGCGCUGUGAGCAGACUCUGAAAACAUAUAGCGGUGAACCGAUCGGUGUGUGCGGUCAGGUGAUGGUCGAUGUGCAGUAUGGUGACACAUCGGUCCGUGUGCCGCUCGUGAUCGUUCGCGGUGGCGGUCCGUGCCUGUUCGGGCGUGAUUGGCUCGCUCGCAUUCGGCUGGACUGGUCGUCAGUGUGCGUCAUGGCGGCCAGCUCGCGGGUGGACGCGGUGCUGGCUGAGUUCCCAGACGUGUUCGACGGGGAGCUGGGAUGCUUCAGAGGUGAGCCGGUCACGGUGGAUGUCGAUCCAGACGUCCAACCCCGGUUUUUCAAACCGCGCGUCGUCCCGUUGGCGUAUCGGGAUCAAGUGGAGCAGGAGCUGGAUCGGCAAGUGAAACAAGGACUCUGGGAACCCGUCGCACAUAUUCCGGACGCAUCUGGAUAGCCUGCGCCCGGACUUGCGUCGACGUGUGGAGCAACGUCAGUGCGCUCAGAAGAGCUCGGCGGACCGCGGGGCUAAGGAGCGCCACUGUGUGCCCGGUGAUGCCGUGUACGUGUCGGCGGUGGACAGACUGAGCGGGGUGGAGGGAGUGCGUUGGCUGCCAGCGGUUGUGGUAAGCCGCAAGGAAACCGAAGUGGUCGUUUGUUUGGAGAGUGGGAAUUUGUUGCGUAGACAUGUAGAUUGUGUGAGGAUGCGCGUGACGAACGGGGCGGAAGGGUUUGAUGAUGUAGAGUUAGCACCCAGUGUUGUGCCGGCAGCUCCGCCCGCUGCAGUGCCAUGUGAUGUACCCGUCGGCGGCGACCGUCCAGGCCGGGCGCUCCGGUCGAGCGACCAGCGCCGGGCGCCCAGGCGUUUAGGCUACGAUAGAGAUUUCGCCCAAAUAUCUGUGGUGGAGGGAUGCGGUAGACCGCGCCCAAAGCCAGGGCCCCGGGUAGCCGGGUCGGGGCAGCCUGCGCUGACCCAAGCCGGGGCCGCGCGUCUUCCCGGUGUCAUGGAUAGCCUGGGGCUGCGGUGGCGUCAGCGCUCGGGCCGAGGACGGCCUGUGUGUCGGCAAUAAACAGUCUGG